CAUGCCAAUCAUAAUAUGCAAGCAUCAAGCCAGAGGCUGCGCUGAGCAUGAUUGAGAGUCAUCAGUAGAACUAUGAAUGAGACUGGAGGGAUGGCUGAGGGGUGGGGUUGCAGCAGGACUUGAAUAUGCUGCAGCAUCCGGCCGUCUCACCUCCUCCUCCUCUCUCCAUCUGGUGGAUACUGGUUAUUUCAUCCCCUCUCUUUCUCUCAGUCUGCGUGCUAUAGUCCUGCUGUCUAGUUCUCUCAACACUCUGUUGUUGCAGCAAAGGGAGGAGGAGCCACAGGCACGUACACACUCUGAUAUCUCACAUCAUCUUUUCUGCACGCUCACUGUAAGCACCAGCCAGCCAGCCAGGCCCAUUUGGAGCAGGGGAGCCCAGCUGUCUCAUUUCCCAGGAUGGAUGUACUGAUGAAGGGGUUCUCCAUGGCCAAGGAGGGGGUGGUGGCCGCCGCAGAGAAGACCAAAGCCGGCAUGGAGGAAGCAGCAGCCAAAACCAAGGAAGGGGUGAUGUAUGUAGGCAGUAGGACAAAGGAGGGAGUUGUGUCAUCAGUAAACACAGUGACCAACAGGACUGUGGACCAGGCCAACAUCGUCGCAGACACAGCGGUUGCUGGGGCCAAUGAGGUGUCGCAGGCAACCGUGGAGGGCGUGGAGAACAUUGCAGCAUCAACCGGGGUGAUCAACCAGGAGGAGCCUAUAUAUGAGGGAGAAUAUGGGGGGAUGCAACAGGGUGGUGAAGGAGGAGAGGGGUAUUAGUCAUCCUCAGGAACUCCCCCUCCUGUCCUCUCCAGCAGCCCCUCGCUCCCCUCAUCUCGCUGUACCAGAGUCCAGAUGUUCAACAUAUUUUUUUGUGACUUUUACGGAACCAAAUUCAACUAAAAGAGACUAUUCCAGAUGCCACUUCAGCCUCUA